AUGAAGACCCAGAUGAACAACCUCACUCUCCUCCUCCUCUUCCUCUUCACCUGUCACCUCUCCCAAGUCCUCUCAUGGAAAAAAGACGAGUUCCGCAACUGUAACCAAACCCCCUUCUGCAAGCGCGCCCGGGCCCGCAAGCCCUCCUCCUCCUCCCUCGCCGCCCAUGACGUCACCAUCUCCGACGGCUCCCUCACCGCCAAACUCGUCUCCACCGGAAUCGAACAAGACCAGGACCCGAUCAGGCCCCUGGUCCUCACUCUCUCCGCCUACCACGACGGGAUCCUCCGCCUUAAGAUCGACGAGCUCGAUCCGCCGCGGAAACGCUUCGAGGUCCCUGACGUCGUUUUACCUGAGUUCGAGGGGAAGAAGAAGCUCUGGCUGCAGCGGCUCUCGACGGAGACGAUCGACAGCGCUCCGUCGUCGGUCGUGUUCUUAUCCGACGGCUACGAGGCGGUGCUGCGGCACGAUCCGUUCGAGGUCUACGUGCGCGAGACGAAGGGUAAUCGUGUAAUUUCCGUGAAUUCGAAUGGCUUGUUUGAUUUUGAGCAAUUGAGAGAGAAUAAGAAAGAAGAUGAGAAUUGGGAAGAGAGGUUUAGAAGUCAUACGGAUAAGAGGCCGUACGGCCCUCAGUCCAUUAGUUUUGAUGUGUCGUUUUUCGGGGCUGAUCAUGUCUAUGGGAUCCCUGAGCGUGCCACAAGCUUUGCCUUGAAGCCUACUAGAGGCCCCGGGGUUGAGGAAUCGGAGCCGUAUAGGUUGUUCAACUUGGAUGUGUUUGAGUAUGUUCAUGACUCACCAUUCGGGCUAUACGGCUCCAUUCCGUUCAUGAUUUCCCACGGCAAGGCCCGGGGGACUUCCGGGUUCUUCUGGCUGAAUGCUGCCGAAAUGCAGAUUGAUGUGCUUGCGAAAGGGUGGGAUGCCGAGGAAGGCAUUGCUCUCCCUUCCUCGCAGGGGAGGAUUGACACGUUUUGGAUGAGUGAGGCUGGUGUUGUGGAUGCUUUCUUUUUCGUGGGGCCGGGGCCGAAGGAUGUGGCGCGGCAGUACACGAGUGUGACUGGCACGCCGUCAAUGCCGCAGUUGUUUGCGGUGGCGUAUCACCAAUGUAGGUGGAACUAUAGGGAUGAGGAGGAUGUGGAGCAAGUUGAUGCUAAGUUUGAUGAGUAUGAUAUUCCGUAUGAUGUUUUGUGGCUUGAUAUUGAGCACACGGAUGGGAAGAGGUAUUUGACAUGGGAUAGGAUGCUUUUCCCGCACCCGGAGGAGAUGCAGAGGAAGUUGGCUGCUAAGGGUAGGCAUAUGGUUACUAUUGUGGAUCCUCAUAUUAAGAGAGAUGACUCGUACUUUGUGCACAAGGAAGCCACAGAAAACGGCUAUUAUGUUAAGGAUGCCAAUGGGAAUGAUUAUGAUGGGUGGUGCUGGCCUGGUUCAUCAUCAUAUUUGGAUAUGUUGAGGCCAGAGGUUAGGUCCUGGUGGGCUACAAAGUUCUCUACUCAAAAUUAUGUUGGUUCGACUCCUUCCUUGUACAUAUGGAAUGAUAUGAAUGAGCCCUCUGUCUUCAAUGGUCCCGAGGUCACAAUGCCUAGAGAUGCUGUACAUCGAGGAGAUGCAGAACACCGAGAUGUACAUAACGCCUAUGGUUACUAUUUUCACAUGGCUACAGCAGAUGGGCUUGUUAACCGAGGUGAUGGAAGGGAUAGGCCGUUUGUAUUAUCAAGAGCAGUAUUUGCUGGAAGUCAAAGGUAUGGAGCAGUAUGGACGGGAGAUAAUACAGCUGAAUGGGAACACCUUAGGGUGUCGGUUCCAAUGGUUUUGACUCUUGGUCUUACUGGGAUAUCAUUCUCUGGUGCUGAUGUGGGUGGGUUUUUUGGCAAUCCGGAACCUGAGUUAUUAGUUCGUUGGUAUCAGUUAGGAGCAUACUAUCCUUUCUUUAGAGCUCAUGCUCAUCAUGACACCAAAAGACGAGAACCAUGGUUGUUUGGAGAUAAAAAUACUGAACGUAUAAGGGAGGCUAUACACAUGCGUUAUAUGUUGCUUCCAUACUUUUACACAUUGUUCAGAGAGGCAAACACCAGUGGUGUUCCUGUUGCUCGUCCAUUGUGGAUGGAGUUUCCUUCCGAGGAGGCUACUUUCACAAAUGAUGAGGCUCUUAUGAUUGGAAAUAGUCUUUUGGUACAAGGGAUCUAUACAGAGCAUGCAAAACAUGCUUCAGUUUAUUUGCCUGGGAAAGAAUUAUGGUAUGAUCUGAAAACGGGAGCAGCUUUCAAGGGAGGUAAGACCCAUAAGCUGGAUGUUAAUGAGGAGGGUGUUCCUGCUUUCCAGAGAGCUGGGACUAUCAUACCAAGGAAAGACCGAUUUCGUCGGAGUUCCACCCAGAUGGUGAAUGAUCCAUAUACUCUGGUGAUAGCACUGAAUAGUUCACAAGCAGCCGAAGAUGGGAAGCUUACAUCUCUUAAUCUGGCACUCGGACAAACUCAGUUUUCUUCAGAAUGUGUUAUCGAGAGGAUUAUUCUGCUAGGACUGUCUACUGGGCAAAAGAGUGCUACAAUUGAACCAGCAAAUCAAAAUGCAGAAAUUGAACGGGGGCCGCUUCUCCUUCAUUCAAGGCAAGGACCAACAGCGUUAACGAUCCGUAAGCCUAAUGUCCGGAUAGCAGAUGAUUGGGUCAUAAAAAUAUUUUAGAAAAUACCAGCAUUUUGUUUCAUUUCUCGCACACUAGUCUCUGGGCAUUUGACUGUUUUUUGCGGGAUGAACAUGAGAUAUUUAUUAGAUUAGUAACAUUGGAGGAAAAUGUUAGUCUACUAUACAUUUGCAGUUAAAUGGCUAUACAAAUUCCACUGUCUUUUGUUUU